UAAAGCCAAACAACUACAAGUUCUCUACUCUUGUAGUAAUAUGAAAAUUUCGACAAAACAUUUGUACUACAACUCCCAGCACGCCCUUAAAUCCGUCAAAGGACAUGUCAAAACCAGUCACGUGAUGUGUCAGUGCCGCAGCUCAAAUGUGUUUAUUUACUUCUCGCGGGACGUAAUUUACAGUUUUUCAACAUAAAACAGGAUUUGACCAAAUGAUGGAGGUUGAAACUGCCAGACCAUACUUCUUUGGGGACAUAGGUGCGUAUAAAAACAUUUCGGCUCCUUGAAAUUGUAUGCCAGCUAGCAUUCAUUUGGUUACUGCAUGUCAUAGCUAGCAAGCAUGUGUUCAUGCUAUAACAGCAACGUAAAUCAGCUACAUAUGUGCCAUGUUGUGUUUUAGUCCAUAUCGAUUGUCAAGUAAAGGUUUACGAUGGCAAAAUGUGUUAUCAACACCAGAGAUGAUCUAGCAUGCACUCACCUAGCGCCGGCUGAUUAUGUAGGAAUAGGUAUUCUCUUGCUAUUUGCUCUCUGGCCGGUGACUGUGUGGCUUACACCAGGCUGCUGGUCGGAGAGGACCGAGGUGCACAAAGCGGCCUCCGAGGGACAUGCUGCCCAGCUGCAGCAACUCAUCCAGAGCGGUGCCUCCGUCAACAUAGUGGCUGUGGACUCUAUCACCCCCCUCCAUGAGGCAUGUGAAAGGGGGCAGACCCAGUGUGUCAGGCUGCUACUGGAUGCUGGAGCACAGGUGGAUGCCCGUAACACGGACGGUAGCACCCCUCUGUGUGAGGCCUGCUCGGUCGGGAGCUUUGACUGUGUGCGGAUGCUGCUGGAGCAUGGGGCCAAGGUGAACCCCACCCUCUCUUCCCGGACCACCUCACCCCUACACGAAGCCUGCAUGGGGGGUAAUGCUGACGUUGUGAAGAUCAUGAUCGCUAAAGGUGCCAGUCUGGAGGCAUAUGACCUGUACUAUGGGACCCCACUGCAUGUGGCGUGUGCCAACGACCACACAGACUGUGUCAAGGCACUACUCAACGCAGGUGCCAAAGUGAAUUAUGCUCGGCUGCACAAGACGGCCCUGCACCAUGCUGCUAAAGUGAAGAGUGUAGACAUGAUCGACAUGCUGGUGGAGUUUGGGGCGAACAUCUACGCCAAAGACAAAAAUGAUAAGAAGCCCAUUGACUACAUCGAUCCCGGUUCUCCUGCUGCACUCUGCUUAGAGUUUUAUGAAAGUACUCCAUUGAGUCUGCAGCAGCUGAGCAGAGUGACCCUAAGGACGAUGCUGGGUAUCAGAGCUCUGGAGGUCGUAGUUCAACUGGACAUACCAAAGCAAAUCAUUAGCUUCCUCUGUUACCACUGACACCAUUAUCUUACUAAGGAGAAGGAAGGAAGCUCAGACAUUGAAACCUUUCUAUAAAACAUCACAAUUAUCAAAAUGCUACAGUCUGAACCUUAAAUACCACUAGAUUAAUGCAUAAAAAUAAUAUGCAUACAGCAAAGCACAGGUUUCCAAACAGUAUUUUUAAGCAGAGCACUUUUUUCUUUGUCUUCAGAAUGUGUGCCAUAUUAACACAUUAGAUACAUAUUUAAAGAACAGAAGCAUAGGAGGUUUUAAUGGGGACUUUUUACAUACAGUUUAUUCUUAGAACCCCCAUAUCUUGUAAACCUACAUGAAAUACAAAUGGAGGCCUUCAGGGAAAAUGAGGGGGAGAGGAGAAAAGAAAUGGAGGAGAGGAAGUGAUUUUGGCAGCUGACCCUGUCCACUCUGUAAUACCAUCUGUGGACACUACACCAGCAUUUUAGUCGCCAUGACAAUGCGGCAGCAACACAUCCCAGAUCUCCGGUACAUCCUCAGGAAUGAGAAACGGUGUUGCAGCAGGAGGAUGAGCGGCGUUCCCGUUGACACGCUCCAGAUGUCACUGUGUAUCCCAGAUUCCUCCCUGACAUCGGAACAGAAACCACACCUGACAACUGGAUGUGUUUGAGGCGGACGUGGAAUCCAGGCAACAGAGAAACACCAUGGAAAACAAUCCUGCUUUUUUACUGUUAGCCUCUCUGAUCCGUUGCGUCCGCUAUAGCUGAGACGGCCCAGGCCUGAAUACGGUGUCUGUUUGAUGAGGGUGUAUGGAUUCCUCGGAGUUGUCUCUCUGGUCACUGUAUUGGUACUGUUAUUUGACAUAACCCAUCUUAAUAAUGGGAACAGAGGAAUAUGUCUAUUAUCAACAUGUCUAUGUAAGGCAAUGUGCAUUAAUCAAAACAUGUGUUUCUAAAAGAUUAUGACCUAUUUAAUCUCUCCCCACUGGCCACACUACCUCAUUUCAGUGUGGAUAAUUGGGUAAUAUUUGGUUGAGAUGUUAAUGAGAUUACAACCUAUAUUAACCCACUCAAAUUAAAUUCCAAUAGAAAACAAUGUUGAUUUUUGGUUUAGUUGUCACCCAAAAUGUUUAUCACUGCACUUUCAACCAUUUUAAAGCACAGCUAAGCUCAAGUGGGAAUACAAUGUCAGUUAUUGAUAAAUCCCUGUGCUUAAUCUAAUAGCAGAACCAAAUGACCUGGAUUGCAGUUGAGAUUACAUUAAAAGUACAUAGGUGCAAGGAAUCAAUGCCGUUUUGAGAUUCGGUGCCGAUUAUUACAGCAGUUGUGGUGAUCUCCACAGACCUGUGAUCUAUGCACGCUAUCUUGCACAUGCACCCUUUAUAUGAUUACAGUAACCUCAAAAUGUGGUCAUGAAUGUGUUAGUCUUUUUUUAAGUUUGAAUGUUACUUUUGUUUUUUUAAGAUAGUCUAAACUUAAGACUAUUUACUGUAUUGCAAAGUAAUAUUGUGUUUUGUUGACAACACAACCAAAUAUCAACAUUUUAAGGAGAUUUAUCUUCUGCUUGGAUAGGUCCAUCUGUGCCACUGGCUCAGUCUGGCUUUAAUUCCAAUUUGUCUACAAAUUAAUAAUUUCUAUGUUGGAUUCAGGACUCCAUCUAACCGAAAACAAAUGUAUUUUCCAUAUAGAUUCCACAUCACGAUAUGUUGACAAAUUGUUGAAACAACGUUUAUAGUACCAAGUACAGUGCAAGUGACAAUCCUCUCAGAUAAUCCAUCUGUUUAACCCAUUUUGGGAACGGUUAAGUUUUUGAAUGCAAAAUAUGUCCUCAAAAAGUAAUUUAACUCUGUAUCAUCAAUAAGCUCAAGCAGCUUUCUCCCCCUCAUUUAGCCUCUUCCAAAUCUGUGCUGAGACAGCAUGUCUGCUGGACUAUUGAGUAAAUGACAUGUCUGUCAAGUGUGAAGGUUGUUAGAUCAUUGCUUGCAGCAUUCAAUUGCUUUUUACCAGGACAAGAACCUAUUUGGAACUGUUUUCUGUGGAUACAACGCGGCCUCAUCCAUUACCGUCGGCCUCGUCCAUUACCGUCGGCCUCGUCCAUUACCGUCUUAACCGUUCAGAACACAUCCAGAAAUAAGCUCAGGAGCAGAAAUAGCUGGAGUCCUCCCUGUUCACAUGAGGGAAGAAGGAUAAAUGCCCUCUUUUAAAAUAGCUUCUUAAAAUAACUGACCCUGGUUCAGAAGGGAUCUGCUACUGCUCAGUCUUAAAAUAGGCCGACCAUGUAGAUGAUGGUUUAAAUAGCAUUUUCCUCAAUCUUAACAUUCAGAUGAAACAGACGGAGGAGACGAGAACAGGCAUGAGAAGAAUGUCCAGUUAUAAAACACAUUUCAACAAAAAAAAAGUGCAAUUUGGGGAUUUUGAAUCAGCCUUUAAAAGGAAUGAUACACCUGUUUCAAAGGCACUUUCUCUGCAUGUUCAGAUAAGGCAAAACCAGUCAAAGGUAUCUGCACAGGGAUUUCAAACAUCACGUAUUUGGUGCUGUGCAGCUAACAUGUUAUUUUUCAAUCAAGCAAUGUAACAUCAAAGUAGACUGGAUCUCGCAUGCUGCUUGCACACUUGAUACAGUAUAUUCAUGAAUCAGUAUUGGGUACUAAGAAUGCUACAAAUACCUAUUUAUUAUGAUACAUGUUUGUGUAACUGUUUAAAUCUGUCAGUCAAAAAUACUAUUGUAAAUAAUAUGUCCUCCACAGAAAUGUAUGUUGCUCUGUAUAAUGUAAGACUGGCAUUGUGUGUUAAUGAACGGCAUUGUUGACAUGC